CCUGUGGUAUAAAGUCCAAGGCAGCAGGACUGGUCCGAGUCACGUGACCAGCAACAAGCCAAAAUAAGUAAAUGAACCGCUUAAAUCACCUGUGUAAAAGCCGGGUCCACAUGCCUCUGAACGCGGGAGCAGAAGCCUGUUACGGCAGCGUGCCGGACGCAGGGCCGCCGGGUGGCGAGGGCGCCUCGGAGACAGCCCCUCUGCUCGGCUUGGAGCCGGUGUGUCAGUGGCAGCCAAUGAACAGGCAGCAGCUGGAGGCCGCAGCUGGGGGCCCGGGCUGGCGGGCCGUACGCUGUUACCUGGUGGUGCUGUUCUGGCUGGCAUGGAUGACUAUGCUCGCCGUUGCCGUCGCCAUCGUUGUCAUAAGCCCGAAACCGGUUCCGACGACGCUGAAGUGGUGGCAGAGGAGUCUGUUCUACCAGAUCCAGCCAGAGCCGAGCCCGCACGUGCAGGACGAGAGGUCAGGGGGCAUCAACGCGGUGUGCGAGCGCCUUCCCUACCUCAAGUCUUUGGGAGUUGGAGCUCUAAUCCUGCAGGGUGUGUUUCAUAAAAAGGCAACUCCAGAUGACCUCAGUGAGGUCGCUGAGGCCCUGGAAACACAGGCUCAGAUCCAACAUCUGCUCGCAGAGAGCAACAAAGCGGAUCUAAGGGUGGUGUUGAGCAUAUGUGAAGUGAAUCUGAUGGGACGGGAGGAGAUGCCCGGAAACAAACCGUCGAACCGUUCAGCUACUGAUGCAUUAAGGUUCUGGUUGGAGCAAGGUGUGGCCGGAUUUGUCAUCUGUGACUCUGAUCCAGCAUAUUCGGCGGAGACUCUGCUGGAGUGGAGGAGAGUCUUUGAGGAAUUUAGCACUCAGCAGGAGGAAAGGAUUUUGUUGGUAGAACAGACCUCAGAUGUUCUGCGCCGGCUGAACGCCUCGACUCAGAACCUUACGUUGGUAAAUGUGGUCAUGAGAUCCAUGUUACCAAAGUCGGAGCAGCCUCUCUCUGCUGAAGAAGUAGCUGAAGCUGUAGAGACGCUGCUGCAAACACGACAGGAAGACGUAUGGACCAGCUGGACAGUUGGAGGCGAGGUGCCUGUUGAGCUGAAGAGAUUAUUCCUGGUGCUGAUGAUGACUCUGCCAGGGUCACCUGCUUUCAGAUACGGGGAAGAAAUCGACCACACAUGGGACAAAGAGUCAAAGCACUCGGAAGUUGCUCUCUUCUCCACUCUCGGCCACUCCAAAUCCAGAGAAGAAGCUCUCCUCUACGGCAGCUUGACGCUCCUCCCCUUCAACGCCACCUACAACUUUUCCUCGCGUUCGUUUUCCAACUCCUCCGCUCCUCCUCGUCCCUUCCUGGCCUUCCUGCGCUCCUGGGGUUGCGUGCAGUUCCUCGUUCUGCUCAACAUGUGGCCCGAGCCGCUCUCCCUGGACCCGGCCUGGGCUCCCGGCCUGCCUGAAAGGGGCGUGUUUGUGGCCAGCACAGGAAUGAACCACAUGGGUUCGACGUAUCUGUACUCUCUCCAACUGCAGCCUUACGAAGCCGUCGUCAUCAAGCUGUUUAACCCAGGAGGCUACUCGUAGAGAUUCAGCUGUGUUGAUUUAAUUAUCAGGAUAUGUUGUCAUAGCAGCAGGAUUUUAAACAUCUGGCACCUGUGCUGUGAAUACCUGCUACAUUUAAACUUUCUGUGCUUCUCCAAGUUUAAUCUGUUGGAUGAUGAUUUAGUCAUAGAAAACGGCCUGCAGAGUUAAAUAGAAGUUAAUUAUUUAAUGCAGUUCAGAUAUUUGGGGUAUCUGAAUUGCACUGUACAGAUACAGUACAGUGCACAGUCAGUCUGCAUUAGUGUAGAUCAAAAGAACGUUUUAGAAAUAAAACAAAUUUCUCUUGGUUAUUUCACCCAGAUAGUUUAAACAUAAAUCAAGAGCCACAUCCUCCUUAUGUAACUGAAGUAUUUUUGCUUCAAGCCCUUCAUGUGACGUUUGUUUGCCAAAUAAAUUUGGGGUAAUUUGC